AUGGCCGAAGUUAGUGGUUCGACAGCAAAUGUCAAUCCACCUUCAAUUGGAAGCAAUCCACAUGACAAGGAUCAAGCAUCAUCAACACAUGUUAGCAACAGUUCGACUCCAAUUAAUACUCCUCAAGAAAUACCUAGUCAAGAAGAGCAAACUCCAAUAGAGAAAGUAAAUGCAAUGAAGUAUCCUACUUUGCAUAAUAUUGCAAGAGAUAUUUUAGCUAUUCCAGUAUCUACUAUUGCAUCUGAGUCUACAUUCAGUACUGGUGGAAGAUUUGUAAGUCCACAUCGAAGUAGACUUCAUCCUAAAACUGUGGAAGCUUUUAUGUGUGCACAAGAUUGGUUAUGGGCUGAAGUUAAUGCUUCAUCAUAUGUUAAACCUUGUUCUUCUACUAUAAGUGACAUAGAAAUUAAUGAGGAGGUAAGGAAAUCCUCCACUAUUUGUGCUUGUGCAAAGGUUGUGAGAGCUGUCACUACUGUAGCCUGCAGAUAUGUGUAUGUUAGAAAAUGA